GGCGGAAGUGUGAAAAGAGCGAUCUCGCUACACGUCCACCUCAAAUACCGGCAGAGUACUUGUGAAAAUGUCGACCUACACUGCACGACCGUUUUAUGAUGAAAUGGAGUCUCCACCAGCCAACGACCACACGAAGCAGCUGGCCCACCCGCCUGGGUACCAAUCUUACCAAGACGGAUAUCCUCCUCAGCCCCAGCCGCAGCCGAUGCAGCAGCCUCCCAUGGUCCAAGUCACUGUGCCAGCCCAGACCACUUCCCAGAUCGAGGGUGACUGUCCCGUCUGCCACAUCGGCAACGUGAGGAGGCGGUGCAGGUGCUCACCACUCGCCAUCUUACUUGCCAUUCUCUUGCUCCCGCUCGGGCUGAUCUUCUGCUCUUGGAGUACCGAGAGGGUCUGCUCUCACUGCGGGGCGCGCUUCGGCAAGUAACCAGGUGCACCGGUACAGCCAAGAACGGGAGACACAGUGUAAAAAAACCCUCGAUAUUUGUUUCUGUCAGGACAAUUUGGGUUAUUAAAAUCUUAGGUCAAAACAUUUCCUAGGCCUACUCCUUUAAAAUUAUUACAAAUACAGCAUGCAUUUGUAUUGCCUUACUUUAAUUACUAAACCCAAAAAACCUCAAAACCGACAACCAAUGACAACAACACAACGACAUCGACAAUGACGACGACAAAAACAACAGAAAGAACAACGAUGGCCACAAGCAGUCAACUACUACGACGACAACCAUAACCACUGCAAGCCACCACACCCACCACGAACCACUGACGCUGCAAUGACCACAACCAUACCAUUGCGAAGCACAACAACCACAACAACCGCAAACCACAACAUACCUUUUACUAAAUAUUCCAUGUGUGAAUAACUGUGGACAGGAGGAUAUCAUAAUCUUCGGUAUUAAACUCUUUUUAUUGCUUAGGUUUAUCUGUAUGGUUUUGUGUGUAUAUGAAGUGAGCAUAAUGAUUGCUAUUACAAGGUACAUAGUAUGUACCUUGUAAUUUCAUGUACUACAUACGCAAUAUCAGUUUACAAAAUACACGGUACCACCAGGCCUAAAAUAUGCAGUAGCUAGUUGUAAGUAUAUAUAUUAUUCAGAGACCGACACAAACAGAGGCCUAUAUACGGAUGAUUUCACAUUCAGAAAGGGCCCUCAACAAGGUUAAUAGACCAUGGCGAAAGCC